AGACCUUAUUACAUCAUGAGCAGAUCCUCCCCAAUGAUGACACCAGUCAUGGAUGAAGACUUUGACCUCUGUAUUUCUGAGACAAAUCUUCCUUUUCCAUACUCGGAUCAUUGUAGCACAGGACCUCCAAGUCUUUAUGAAUUCAAUAUCAACGAUGAUGAUGAGGAAGAUGAAGAAGAAUAUGAGGAAGAAUAUGAGGAUGAAGACGAUGAAGAUGAGGAAGGCCAGAUCUUUGUCCGUCAAGUUCAAGUCGGGAAUGAAAGCGAUGAUGAGAACGUCAUGCUAGAACCAUCUCACCCUGUUGAUGUAUCCCGCUUUUACCCCUAUUCUCGCUCAUCCAUGACUCUCAAAGAUGACCUUCCUAUCCAACUGCAAAGUCGACUCGAAAGCAUCCGCAAGAACGAGCUUGGUAUCAGGGAUGGUAGUGCAACAUCUCCCUCAUCAAAGAUAUUGCGACCUCACCUCUCUCGACGAUCCUAUUCGUAUGAAUCGAAUGGUGAGUGGCAUGAGGAGGAGUUUGUGAAAGGGACGGAUCAUGAGCAAUUGACGAAAGAGGAAGAAGAGAAAUUGAUAAAUCAGGAGCAAGAGCAGCAAGACAAAGGCCUACUCCCGACAGUCACCUCGGCUGUCAGCUCUGUUGCAUAUGCAGUUGGCAAGCAUUGGUCAAAGAAAAUCUAUGAGUCCCUACUUCGAUCGCGAGAUCCCAAAGCUUAUUAUGCUCACUUACUUAAGGCUGCCACCAACUAUGAGCAAUGGGCCGAAGCUGCUGCAAUCCUUGACCAACUCCAGGGCAAAGACAAAUGGAAGAAUGAUCCCAGAUCCCCUCAUUAUGACUAUGAGUUGCUGCAAGAACGACUUUCACAACUCGUCUCUGCACGCGAGUCAGGCGACCUUGGACAGAUGACCUUUCUGCUCCGCACUUCCCUCUCGCGAAAUCUUGGAAAUGUCGGGCGGCCAGAGCUUUAUGCAGAAAGUAUCAUUGGGACCAAACGACUUAUUGAGGAUUAUAACUCAGAGGUCAUCCGUCAGCUUAAUAUCAUUUGUGAUACUGAGAGCGACGACUUUUCGAUUGCAGCCAAACUAGAGUUUUUUACUCAUACGCGACAAGCAUUUGGUCGCACUGCACUCUUGCUUAGUGGCGGAGCCACUAUGGGCCUUAUACAUAUUGGAGUGCUCAAGACGUUAUAUGAAACACAACUACUUCCUCGUAUUAUCUCUGGCUCCUCUUGUGGAUCUAUUAUCGCUGCUAUUCUGUGCACGCGUACAGAUGAAGAGAUUCCAUCCAUGCUACAAUUUGAUAAAUUCAACUUUACAGUGUUUCACACCGUGGAAGAGCAGGGUGAUGUCCUUGCUCGCAUCAUUCAUUUCCUUAAGAAUGGAGCUCUGUUUGAUGCACAAGUACUCAGGGCCGCCUUGAAGGACAACAUUGGAAAUGUAACUUUUCAAGAGGCAUACAAUCGAACAAGACGAAUCCUCAAUGUGACAGUCAGUACAUCGGCUACAUUUGAAAUGCCACGGCUGUUGAAUUACUUGACCGCACCGAACGUCCUCAUUUGGUCUGCAGUUGCUACAUCAUGUGCUGCACCUUUCAUCUACAACUCGGCGCCACUCAUGGCUAAGGAUAAGCACGGAGAAGAGGUCCAGUGGAAUCCAUCUCGUUAUCACUGGAUCGAUGGGUCAGUUGACAAUGACCUCCCUAUGAAUAAGCUAUCCGAGCUAUUCAAUGUGAACCAUUUCAUCGUCUGCCAAGUCAACCCAUACAUCGUUCCUUUUCUGCAAAACUCACUCGCUCGGUCUCCAACGAGGAGAGCCUUUGGCUGGAUGCUUUAUCAGGCCAGGUCAGAGUUGCAGCACCGUCUGAACCAGAUGUCUAUCCUUGGAGUAAUGCCAGAAUUGAUUCAUAAGGUGCAGGCUAUCAUGUCACAGCGAUAUUAUGGUGAUAUCACCAUCGUUCCAGACCUUGGAACUGAUGAUUAUCUCAACAUUGUAUCCAACCCUACGAUGCAGUUCAUGGUAGAUGCGACAUUGAAGGGAGAGCGAGCCACUUGGCCAAAAAUCUCCAUCAUCAAGAACCAUUGCAGUAUUGAGCAUUGCCUUGAUGAUAUUUUAUAUCGCCUUCGUUUACGCCGGCUUGAAGCCUACCGUGCAUUUCCUCAGUCGCCAGCAGCUGUAGCAUUCUCCAAGAUGGCUAAAAAUAAUCUCAGUCAUACUAAUCUCCAGUCUCAGCCAGAACAGCAGCAUCAACAACAGCAGCGCCUACACCAGCAUCGCAUGCCUAUUCCGCUUAAGCGGCCUGCGUCGAGCGUUACUACUCAUACAUUAAGCAAUAGUGCCGUAGCAGAGCGAGGAUCUGCGGCCGUAUGUUUUGGUGCCUUUGGUCGAUCCAGUUCUUCGCCGGCCUCACCUACAAAUUCUGUCAGCCUUGAAAUAAGCAGAUGCACCUCACCAGUGGACCGCCAGGGCUCAAACUUCACCAAAGAUGCAAUGAUUAAAGGGAAUGGAACCCUGUAUCAUCAUCUACAAGUACCACAGGGGACUUGCGCGGCACAAAGUGCUCAUCAGGAACGGGGCAUGGCUAAUGAACAGAAAGACGAGGCCCUAGCCAACAUUAAUUCACUGAUGCCUGAUCCUAGUCUUUCCUUGCCAAGUGAUAUCAAUGAGGAUGCACUAACUAUGCUAGAGCGCCCAUCAUCCUCGAAACGUCAUGGUUACAAGGAUGCCAACGGCAGCACGAAUAAUAUUCAUCAAGGAAAUGACGGCUUGCUAAUCAAUAUUGGCAUGAAGAUCAACAGCCGCAGAUCAUCAUCAUCGUCGGCCGGCUCUGCACAUUCUUGCGAUUAUGCUUUGUCUCCUUCAUCAAUCAACGGAUCUUAUUUCACAAAGGAUGCCCCAUUAACAGGAGCUACUAUAGACACUAAAUAUGGUGUGACUGAUAAUGAAGCGAUAACGUCCGUGCAAGCACCCUGUAGUGCGGAUGUGGGGAACAAUGACAUUGGUAGCACCAACGCACCAAGCACACCUGUGCCGAUUGGCAUUUUUGUUAAUGGUAAUGGCGAAAGCAGAACAGUAUCGGGAUCCGUAAAAUUUAACCAUAUAAAAUCAAAGUUAACCAAGAAUGGAUCAGCAACCACUACGACUACUACCAUCAGUAGCAACAGUAGCAGUAAUAGAAGCAAGCGUAAUAGAAGCUUUCAAAUGACAACUCUUGCGUAAGCUCUGUGUAUGGG